GGCCCUGGACUUCAUGCGCCUUGGGUUUCGUUUCAUCGCACCUUUUGGGCGGAAGCUGAUCGAGGAGUGCCAUGCGGCCGAGACGGCCAAACUUCUCAGACUGCUGUGCCGCACCUUUUGCUGGCUGCUGCUGCAUGCAGAGUUUGAUGGCAGCAUGUUCCUCAGCGACUCCUUCAAGCCAGUUGCAGCCGAGUGGCUCAUGCGGGCCAAUAAGAAGCCGGACGCGCAGAGCAAGACGCUCUUGGCCCUGUCGAUCCUCGCUGCCAAUUGCGGCGUGGGAACCAGUGCGCCAACAGGCGUCCAGCUUCACGAUGCAUUGAAGCGCCUCUCGCGCGACAGCUACCUCGACUUGGAGGUGGAGCUCCAUAGGUGGUCAGCCUAUACGCAGCAGGGCGUGGAGAGCUUCAGCCACAUGGGCUACUUCGUAAGCCCAGCUGUGGCACCAGACCAGCGGGUGGAGAUCGAUAGCGAGGAUGAAGAUUGGCCGGGCAACAUCGGUGUGGAAUGGCACCUCGAGGGUGCCACACCGCCACCGCCAGCAGAGGGGCGCCCAUGUGCUGAAUGCGGCAAGCAGACGGCUGAGGGCCAGUGCGGAGAAG